UUUUGUUGUAAUUUACCAUGGAAUCAAACACUGAAUGAAAUCUACAUGGAAUGUAAAGUCUUUAACGAUACAAAAGAGGGCCCGUAUGGAUUUCCGCUGCGCAACGAAGACCCCCUUCCGGACUUUCGCUUUGCAUUACUAUGCCCCGAAAAAACGGAAGAUGGCAAUUUCAAGUCCAAUUGCGAUUCGGGUGAAGAAAUGAAUAUUGAAAAUGGAUGCGGAGACACAAGCAGAGAAGACGAUAUGUUACACUGCCUGGAGUCGCCUCGAACAGACUGCGAAGCCCGUUGUGUUUACGAGAAACAGGGAGUGUUCUCCCCUGAAGGUCAAGUGAUUUCCAAGAAUUUACACGAACUAACUUUUCUGACUGUGAGCAGUGACGGCAGAUUCAAACACGCUGUGCAUCAUGCUGUGAAAGAUUGCUUAUGUAAGCUGAAGAAGAUCGAAACAACCUACGGACAAAAGUCUUUGGAUUCUUGUGCUUUGGCGAAUAUUCUGUCUUACUGCAUUGACUAUGAAACAUCCAAGCAUUGCCCAGAAUCUUCAAGGGAAGACUUAGAUGAAGAACGAGACUGUCCAUAAACAAAAAUGAUGAGCUUACAAUGUGUUUGGUAGAUGUGCAACAUGUAUGACAGGGAACUGAGAAACGUAAUAAUAGACACC